AUGAGCCUUAAAGCACUGUUGCUUAUUUCGAUCGUGGCCACGAUGGGCUGGCAGGAAGUUUUCGGUGACCCAAUUGGAGUAGUGUCAAACCCGUGUGUUGGUGAACCGGAUGGCUAUUUUGUGCGUGAUCUAAACGAUUGUCAAGCCUACCACUACUGUUUCAACGGUACCACAGCGAGCAACAAGUGUCCCGGCGAUUUCUACUACAACGAGCUGGAACAGUUGUGUGACUACCAAGACAAGGUGAUGUGCCACAUUUGUUCGGAGAAGCUGGGUGUGCAGAUUCUGCCACAUCCACAAGAUUGCACCCAAUUCAUAACCUGCUCCGAGGGCGUAUCGUUCGUCAGUCGGUGUGCCGAAGGAUAUGCGUUUGAUCGACAGAAGAAGGUUUGCAAUCCCGUGGAGCGCGUCAAGUGCGAACAGGAACUCUGUCCGGAGGAGGAUGAUCCGAACGAGAUCGUGUUUCUGCCGGGGGUGGAACGUUGCGACGAGUACUUCAUCUGCCGGGCGGGAACAGCCAUUCAAGCGCUCUGUGCGCCGGGACUUUACUGGGACGCGGGCAAGAAGCGGUGCGAUUUGAUGGCGAAUGUCAGCUGUACUUUGUACUGA